UGCUCAAAAUUAUCAAUUGACUUGUGAUAUUUUAAAAGAUAUGAAAGAAUCCAAAGUUAUGCCAGAUGAUGAAAAGACAUAUGGAAUUAUAAUUGAUGGUUUAAUAAAAAAUAAUGAUUUAGAAGAAGCACAUUAUGCAAUUGAAGAAAUGAAAAAUAGAGAUAUUAAAAAUAAUAUUCAAAUUAGUACAAGUUUAAUGCAAUUAAAUUUCAAAAAAAGAGAUUUUAAAUCUGUUCAAAAUCUUCAUAAUGAAAUUAUUGAUUCCGGUCAAAAACCUACAACAGGAUAUUUUAAUGUUUUAAUAGGAGGAUUUAUUAAUGGAGGAUAUGAACCUGAAGCAAUAAAUUAUUAUAAAGAAAU